AUGGUGAGCACCAUUUUGCUCGCUGCGCUUGUGCUGGCCACGACUACUAAUGCCGCGGCUUUGGGUGGCUUGAUGCCUGCCGUGUCGUUGGGUGGCUCGACGCCUGCCGUGUCGUUGAAUGUUUCCUUGCCGGUCGUGUCGUUGAGUGCCUCCGUGGGCGCCGGGGCGGCUCCUAUGCCGAAUGGAGGAUGGCCCACUAGCCAAGGCGAUGUCUACUUCGCAGCGCCCUACACGGUCAAGAAGGGCGAGGUCUUCGAUGGCGGGAUGAAGACGUACCAGCGCUCCAACAUCAAGUGCCAGGGCGGCAUGGAGAGUAGCUGGCGAAACGCCGUCUUUUUCGUCCAGGAAGGCGGGACACUCAAGAACGCGAUCAUUGGUAUCGAUCAAAUGGAGGGCGUGCACUGCGAGGGGGGUGGCAAUAUCGUCAACGUGUGGUGGGAUGCCGUAUGCGAGGACGCGCUGAGCAUCAAAGGCGGUACAAAAAACAGCGUGACGAGAGUGAUCGGCGGUGGUGCGCGCUCGGCCGCCGACAAGGUGGUGCAGCACAACGGCUACGGUUCGUUGAUCGUUGAGGGGUUCUAUGCGGUGAACUACGGGACGUUCUGCCGCACGUGCGGCGAUUGUGGCAACAAAGGCGUCACCAUCAGCAUCAAGAACGUCUUGGCCGUCAACGGUCGCGUGCGACUCGUGACGCAGAACACGGGCGACAAGUUCACGGCUGAGAACAUCAUGAUCAAGGGCAAGAGGGUCGAAGUGUGUUCGGUCGGCACGGGCGCCUCGCGCAGGCUCUGCAAGGACUCGCUCAGCAGCGUCACGUAUGUGUGA